GCGAAAAGCAGCUCUUCAAAAGACAAAACUUGAAUAUCCUCUCCUCGCUUGCAAGCAAUUUUUUUUGGUGGCGCCAACUGGUUGCAAUUUAAAAAUCUUAAAAUAUAAAACCAAAUAGACUAACAAACGCGAGAAAUCCAAUCAAGAAAACGAAGUUUUCCACAUAAAAUAACGCUAAUAAUGGCUGGUCCAUUUAUAUCGCCGCUGCCCGGCGAUCUGCUCACGGAGUACAUGUUCGGGCGGAGAAGACAGCGCCGGAAUCGGACGACCUUCACGCCCCAGCAGCUGCAGGAGCUGGAGGCCCUGUUCCAGAAGACCCACUAUCCCGACGUAUUCCUGCGCGAGGAGGUCGCUCUGAGGAUCAGCCUCAGCGAGGCGCGCGUCCAGGUGUGGUUCCAGAAUCGGAGGGCCAAGUGGCGCAAGCAGGCGCGAUUGCAGCUGCUCCAGGACGCCUGGCGGAUGCGCUGCCUCAGCCUGGGCACGCCUCCUGUCAUGGGCGGCGGGGCGGGCCAGGUGGGAGGAUCAGGUCCGGCUCGACCGCCCAGCCAGACGCCCGAGAACCUCUCUGCCGGCGGCAAGGACUCCGACAUGGGGGAGGUGAAUAAUGGACCCAGUGCCGGGAGCUUCACCAUGAUGCAUCCGGCAUUCCAGCAGCAGCAGCAGCAGCAACAACAACAGCAGCAGCAGCAGGCACACCAGCAGGCCCAGGAUCAGGAUAAGCUAUCGAAGACCUACACGGAACUGAAGCUCUACAAGGCGCCCACGCACGGCAUGGAGCUGGGCGGGAUGGCCGCCCUUUCCGGGCACUCCGAUGAAGGAUCCGAUGGAUCCGAUUCCGAGGAGAUCGAUCUCACCUCCGGCGCCUGUAUCGAUUUCUCACAGAGCAGCAAGCUCCAGCAACAACAACAACAACAGCAACAGCAACAGGGCACUCAGGCAUCAGCGGGAUCGGCGGAAUCGAAUGGCGUCCUUUAGACAUGGAUAAAGAAACAAAUAGAGGGUACAGACACGGAUGCGGAUGCGAAUGCGGACACAGAUAAAGAUACUCAUACCCGUACAGUGCUCACUCGCCGCAUUAAAAGUUUCCCAUGGGCAAAACAUAUUUGAAUAUUUUCCCAUGAUAUUUUUUUAAUUUUCCCAAAAAUCUAAGAAUGGAAGUUAAUCACCCCUUAUGAAUUAAUAAAGAAAAAGAUUGGAAAGAUAUAUGUUGACAGCUUUAAAACUUUGAAAGAUACUUCCUAAUAUAUCAUUUCAAAUUUGGAUAUUGUAAUUAAUUUUACUAAUAAUACAAGGAAAGCAAAACUAAACAAAUAUGCAGUUGGACAUUUCAAAAAUGAAA